AUGUGUCAUCCAUCAAUUCAAGUUCUAAACCUGGCAAAAAAUGACAUAACAGGAAACAUUCCUCUUUGCUUCGGCAAUUUUACUGCCAUAAUUACAAGUUAUAACAGCAGAAAAGAAGAUGGUCCCCCAUACUCGAGACUGAGUGAUGAAGAUAUAAUUAUUGAUGUUCCAAAAGGAUAUGAACUAACAUAUUCCUCUACACUCGAUUUUCUUUAUUUCAAUGAUUUAUCAAAUUACAACAUCAGUGGAGAGAUUCCAAAGGAGUUGAUGAACCUCCAUGGUUUGUUGAGUUUAAACAUAGCCGGUAACCGUCUAUCCGGAAGGAUCCCUGACACGAUUGGGAAAUUGGAUAAACUGGAAUUUCUUGAUCUGUCCAGAAAUGAACUUGCUGGUCAUAUUCCACAGAGUCUGUCAAAUCUGAGCUUUUUAAGCCGUUUAAACCUCUCCUUUAAUGAUUUUUCGGGGAGAAUACCAACCGGAAACCAACUCCGAACCCUAGACGAUCCCUCCAUUUAUGUUGGAAACAAUCAGCUCUGUGGUCCACCCAUCCUGAAGCCCUGUCCUAGUCACACAGAUUCACAUGAUUGUCAGAACAACAAUGAAGCUGAAUUUUAUUCGGAUGACGAGCACCUGUGGUUUUACGCAGGAUAG